AUGAUCCUUAUUGAGGCGGAAAAUGAGCCGCGGCUGGGCUUCGACGUCGUCGCUGGAACUGCUCUUAUCAUUUACGCUGCUGCUAGCGACACUCUUGCAUCCGUUCUGCUCGAAAACAUGCGAUUGAAUCCAGCUGCUCCUGAAAACAUCCCGCAUCAGGCUUCAGAAGACAUGGUCGUCGACGGCGUUUUGAUUGAGAAAGGAUCCACGCUUUACGCCUCGAUGGCUGCUGUCUUCGCGAACCCAGCGAACUUCCCUCAGCCAGACAAGUUCAUUCCCGAUCGCUUUCUCAAGAAUGGGGAGUACGUUCACGACAUGCGCGUUUGCAGCUUUUCUGUUGGACUGAGGAACUGCAUUGGAAAACAAAUCGCCAUCGAAGAGCAGUUUAUUUUCGCCACGAACAUUGUUCGAGAAUAUCGACUUGUCAGAGUUUGCAUAAAAAGAAACAUGCUGGGCAUUUUGUGUUGUUUUUUUCUCGGCAACGGUCGCGCUGAUGAUCAGGUCUCGUACACUGAAGAUGCUGGCGGGCUGUUCAGGACAAUGGAGGAGCAUCCGGAGCGAGUCAAGCUUGAGAACAUAGUUGGAGAAGUGCCGACUUGGCUGGAAGGAUCGAUGUUUAGAAAUGGGCCCGGGCAGUACGAGUACGGAGACGAUCGGUUCAAGCAUAUCUUCGAUCCGUCGGCCAUUGUCCAGAAAAUAGCAUUCGAAAACGGAGAAGUCUUCUAUCAGAGCAAAUUCAUCGAAUCGACUCAUCGACUUGCAAAUGAAGAAAAGGGCGAGAUAGUUUUUACGGAAAUGGGAACCUGGGCGGAGCCGGAGAACUACGAGGAUCUCUCUGGGGCUGAGCUGCAGCGCGCUCGCUGCUCGCAUCUGGACGAGUCCUUUCCUUCGGACAACACGGUCGUUUCUCUUUACCCGAUUCACGGCUGGAUGGUCGGCUUCACCGAGUCGCGAAUGGUCACUCUCAUCGAUCCAUUCACGCUGGAGACGAAGCACAUUUUAGACUUGGCCGAUGUCAAGCCGGAGGGAUACUUCAUCGUCACCGUCCUAGCUCAUGGAUCCUUGGACGCCAACGGGGACUUCUGGACAAUGAGCGUCGGCAUCUACAACGAGCCCUACGCUUUCCUCCCAAAAACUGCUUAUGGCACUCUCAAAAUCAGAAACGCAAUGCGAGACGCGAAAAAUCCGUUUUCUUACCAAGCCACUCCGGAAGAGUUUCUUGCCUCGAUCGAGUUUGGCGACUUCUUGUUCAAUGAAGAUGAACGAGACAACACCGUCAGAUAUUUUCACAUGUUUGUCCAGACGACUGAUUUUCUCGUUCUUCCCGUUACAAGCAUGGAACUUGAUCCGAUAAAAAUGCUCGAUUCUUGCAAAGAAGGAAAACCACCAAUGGACAUGAUGUUUUACAACGAAGAAAAAGCCGGAUACUUCAAAAUUUUCGACAAAAAGAAUCUAAAGUGGUUUCCAAAAACGUUCGCGAGCGACGCUUUCAUGCAGAUUCACAUGAUUCAAGCUUACCAAGACGGCGACAAAAUCAUUCUGGAUACGUGUGAAACGCCCAAAGGAGAUCUCAUGAUGGCGUAUUACCUCGAUACAGUCAAUUCGACUGGACGAGCGCUGCAGGAAGUGCACGAAAGCAUGCUUCCAAUCGGAAUUCCCGUCCGAUACGAGUUUUCAACGGAUGACCUGCUUUCCAAGACUGAAGAAUAUGUCGAGCCCAAUGUCUUGUUCGAGGCAGAUAUGGUCGAUUGGCCGAUGUACACCGCCGCUGGAACUGAUUUUCCGAUGAUCAACUUUGAUUUUGCUGGAGUCAAAUAUGAUCACUUUUGGUCUCUUGGCAUGGGAAACAUUAUGGCAGACAGGCUCUAUCACUCGCAAAUAUCUUCCAAAAAAGAUUUGUCUGGAGAGAGGCUGGCUACUCGCCUUCUGAACCGUUCUUUGUCUCCCGCCCUGGCGCCGAGUCCGAAACUGACGGCGUUUUAUUAUCCCUGGUGUCCGCUUUUGAAGGACACUCUGAUCUUCGUCCCUUUGUGCUUAUUCUUGAACCUGUGGAAAUGA